AUUUCCCACAAACCCAAAGGUGUUAGCUGCCUGGUGCGGACGUGUUUGACACUUAUUUAAAAAUGGGGUUCCGAACCAGUUGAACCGACUGACCGCUAAAUUCUGACGUUCUGUCGGUGAAUUAGGCGCCACCGUGUAGUUUGUUGUUUUUAGAACCGUGUUGCUAUCAAACCAACGUGCAGGAGAAACUACACAGGUGAGACCAGAAGUGCCUAGCCACAAAGACAUUAUCUCUGCCUCUGAUCUCCUCCUUCUUCUGACCAAAGAUCCCAAAGAGAGUUCGCGGAGGAGUGCACCAUCUUGCUAAUAAGCAAUCUUUGGCCUUAGCCGAAGAGCACCGCGGAGCAGAGACCAGCGGACCCGAGCUGCGGCACUCCCUCUUCGGUAUGAUGCCAGCCGACAGCGCCAUGACUUCCAUCGUUCAGAGAAUAGCUCGACAGGCUCUCGUCACCUUCAAAAGCCCGCCGGGACUCGGUGAGGACGCCGGUAAAUCGUUCAUGGAGAACCACAACAAGCUGAAAAGCCUGAUGACGGAAGUGCGAGCGGCGGACCUGAAGCUCGUCCCGCGGAGAGCCAAGGACAGCUCGCCCCGUGCGCCCCCCUACCACCACGGGGUGCCCCCGGUCACCUACAUGCACAUCUGUGAGACGGACCAGUUCAGCAUGGGGGUGUUUCUGCUUAAAACCGGCGCCUCCAUCCCGCUUCAUGAUCACCCGGGAAUGCACGGCAUGCUGAAAGUCCUUUACGGGAAGGUUCGGAUCAGCUGCUUCGACGGACUGGAGCGGCCGUCCGGCAGCACGCAGGCGACGCCCCCGCUUCCACCGGCCCAGAUGGGCGCUCUGCGGCGCUCUGUGCUCCGCUCCUCGGCGGAAUUCACGGAAGAGAGCGGGCCCUGCGUGCUCUCCCCUGACCGGGACAACCUGCACCAGAUCGACGCCGUUGACGGGCCGACGGCGUUCAUGGAUAUCUUGGCCCCCCCGUACGAUCCGGACGACGGCAGGGACUGUCACUAUUACAAGGUUCUGCCAGAAGCGGAUGUUACAAACACAGAGCAGAAGGAGAAGCAGGUCUGGCUCGUGGAGAUCUCCCAGCCUCCUAGUUUCAGGUGCGAAGGGGAGCCUUACCCUGGCCCCGAGGUCUGCCUUUGAUCCAUCUGUCUCCACCAAGCUGGUCUUGUCUUUGGCAUGAGACCCGGGCUUUUGGACUUGGUUGGACAACAAGGAGCCCGUGUUUGUCAGUAGCUCAGAAGCUACAAAUUAAGGGUCAAAGAUGUGUUUUAAUUGUGACUUAGAAUGUAAAGUUCCUCUUCAGCGUUGAUGCAACUCAGACUGAUCAUUAAACAUUAACAGAGCAGUCCAGCUUUGUGCCCCAGAGGUGAGACAGUCUCCAGACUAAUCUGAGCCUGGGACCGAAGCGACCUUUAGUGGUCUUCGGUGCAUUUAUUGGGUAAUAACAGGAGUAAAUACGUUUUACAGUCCACCAGCAUGGCUUCAGGCUGAAGCAGCGGCUCCAGGUGUUAGCCAUUAAUGCCACACUCAGUCAGCUGAUGAUGUUGCAUGACAGGCUGCUGCUCACACUCACACAGAUGUGUAAUCUCAGCCUGCAGCUGAAGCAGCAUUAGAGACAAUGUGUUCGACUCGUCUUCCUGCUGCAGGCUUUGUCUCAGACUUAAAAGAAUUUUCCGAAGUGAAAACCACCUUAAACGUUAUCGUUGACUCUGGACCACCUCCUCCCUUAGCGUUUCUCUGAGAAGAUCCUCAGGGACGCGUACUGAAUCAAGCUUCAGCACAAACAGCCUUCAUGUUGUAAUCAUCAGAUUAAAAACUGUUCUUGUGGUUGAAAAUAAACAUCAGAAACGUG